AUGGGUUCUGAUACUCUAGAUAUUCCCAAUAUGAGUUCCAGGACUCCAAAUAUUCACAAUAUGAGUUUCGUGUCUCCAGAUAUUACCAAUAUGAGUUUUGUGUCUCCAGAUAUUACCAAUAUGAGUUUCGUGACUCCAGAUAUUUCCAAUAUGAGUUCCAGGACUCCAGAUAUUACCAAUAUGAGUUUCGUGACUCCAGAUAUUCCCAAUAUGAGUUCCAGGACUCUAGAUAUUACCAAUAUGAGUUUUGUGACUCCAGAUAUUACCAAUAUGAGUUUCGUGACUCCAGAUAUUACCAAUAUGAGUUCCAGGACUCCAGAUAUUACCAAUAUGAGUUUCAUGACUCCAAAUAUUACCAAUAUGAGUUUCGUGACUCCAGAUAUUACCAAUAUGAGUUUAAUGACUCCAGAUAUUCCCAAUAUGAGUUCCAGGACUCCAGAUAUUACCAAUAUGAGUUUCAUGACUCCAGAUAUUACCAAUAUGAGUUUCGUGACUCCAAAUAUUACCAAUAUGAGUUUCGUGACUCCAGAUAUUACCAAUAUGAGUUUAAUGACUCCAGAUAUUCCCAAUAUGAGUUCCAGGACUCCAGAUAUUACCAAUAUGAGUUUCUUGACUCAAGAUAUUACCAGUAUGAGUUUUGUGACUCCAGAUAUUACCAAUAUGAGUUUCGUGUCUCCAGAUAUUACCAAUAUGAGUUUCGUGACUCCAGAUAUUACCAAUAUGAGUUUCGUGGCUCCAGAUAUUACCAAUAUGAGUUUGGUGUCUUCAGAUAUUACCAAUAUGAGUUUGGUGUCUUCAGAUAUUACCAAUAUGAGUUUCGUGACUCCAGAUAUUACCAAUAUGAGUUUCGUGGCUCCAGAUAUUACCAAUAUGAGUUUCGUGACUCCAGAUAUUACCAAUUUGAGUUUCGUGUCUCCAGAUAUUACCAGUAGGAGUUUUGUGACUCCAGAUAUUCCCAUUGUGGGUUCUGGGACUCCAGAUAUUCCCAGUGAGGGUUCUGAGACUCCAGAUAUUCCCACUGUGGGUUCUGAGACUCCAGAUAUUUCCACUGUGGGUUCUAUGUGA